UGAGUCGCUUUAGCUCUCUUUAUUUUGCCACAUGAAAUGGGCGCUAAACACAAUACUUGCGUACCAACAAAGACGAUGUUGUGCGCAUAUACAGACAAAUGAAUUGACGAUAGGCGCAAGGACUUUCAAUAAUUUUUACGCGGAUUACAGUACGAAACAAGCCACAGCAACGACGGGAAAUCUUGACUGCUUAUUAAAAAUCAAUUGCAGAGCGUUAAAAGUGCGGGUUUUUGCGAAAUAAAAUUGGCUUUGUAGCUUUUCACAAUACGGGGUUCUUUACGAAGGAUUAAAGCGGACGACAUAAUACAUAUUUUCCCCAUUUUAAGUUAGUUCCAUGCUCUGCUACGGCUUCCAUACUGAAAGCAUACCCAUAAAGCAUUGAGGAUUUUAAAUGUUUCAUCAUGCUGCAGUAAAAUCCAUCAUUUGUGCAAAGCCUGUGAGUCAAAGCAUCACUGCAACAAAAACGGCAAAAACAAUCCAACGGAAGGAAGUCUCUAUUUGUAUUGCAAGACCAUGGCGGCAGAAAACUAUCACUUAAAAUGGGACUCCCAUUUGUCAUACUUGAAUUCGUCAGUGGCCACGCUUUACAAGAAUGAAAAGUUUGCCGAUGUAGUGUUAUAUAGCUCCAGCAGCAAUUGUGUCAGUGGAAAUAGUUCGGAGAAUGGCAUACCUACCGUGGGAAUUUCAGCGCACAAAUUUAUACUUAGCUCCUGCAGUCAGUUUUUUGCAACGAUGUUUGAAACUGCACCGAUUUCUUCGCCAAACGGUGUACUCUACAUAGUGCUUCCGCCGGAUCUUAGCCACCGCGCCAUACAAAUUCUUGUGCAGUACAUGUACAGUGGCGAGGCGACUGUCGCCAACGAUAUACUAAGUGAAGUCUUACGAGGAGGUGAAAUACUGAAAAUCCGUGGUUUAUGCCGCACCUCUUCUACUUCCGUUAAUUCGCACAAUCCGCCACCGAGAACAGAGUCACUAAUAACUAACGUCGGUGGUCCACAUUACAUUCAAAGUGCAACCAACCGCCAACCACUUUCAUCCAUUUCACAUACGCAUAUUCCCAAUGUUCAUACCGGUGAUAUGUACGUCGUCAACAAAUGUCCUACAGGUGGAAAUGGGAGUUGUGGUACUCGCUACAACAUGGAGCAUUUGCAGCAGCUGUCAACACAGUCAACCUCGACACAGCACUCUCAGGCGUCGCACGCACAGCAAAUGCAGGCAACACAUUCCCAGUUCCGUGGUUUGGGUGCGUCCGUAUUGCCCAAAGAUAGUCCCGUUAUUGUCAAGUCACCAAAACUAUCACAGCUUAGGCUUCUUUCAGCUGCAGCGUCAAAUAGUAAACAUCAUACAGGCGGGGGUAUAUCAGUAAACAAAGAGGUUGCAAUAGAUCCUGAUGAAAAAUGUUGCUAUCAGUUAAAUCAGUUGCAAGUGGCAACUACUUUGUGCAACGAAUUGGGCUGCUCUGGGGACUGUCCCAUAUCGAUGGAGGAUGACCAGCUGAGACGACGACAACGAAGUCAAAAUGAGGAGGGUAUUCAUGCAAGCGUUGUUGAGCAGCGGUUAGAAAGGGAGUACUCUGAUCGACCUCGUCCACCGCCCGAUGAACAGGACCAGCGGGAUGAUAUUGAAAUGGCCAGUUAUGAUAGGCAUAUACGCCGAAGCAGUGGUGAUCGAAUUCGAGACUACUUCUUACCCGAGUCCUACGAGCAUACGAACACAACGCCAACUAAGAGCAACCAUCACUUCUCAGAACAAGUCAGCGCUAGAUUAACUAACACUUCGCCAAUGUCACAUCCACAAAACUUUCUCGCGAUCAAGCAAGAGCCGGCUGAUUGGACGACCACAACCACUUCCGAUAAUGCAUUAUCAGAAUUAUCUAGGCCACCCAAGGCCCCUUUAAAUUCCCCUAAACAACCGCUGGACUUCAAAAUGCCGACAGGUGGUACCGCAGUAAAACUCGAAGUAGGCGCCCAUCCGCACAGCCCACGAAACGAGCAGGAUACAGCCGGACCGGACUCCAAUGAAUACGAUACGCGGCUAGCAUGCGAAAUAUGUAAGCAAUCCUUUGAUGAGCCUAAAUCUUGGGUGAGGCAUUUGGAGUCACACAGCGUCAACACAUCAUCGACCGAUUCAGUAACUAUAAACAUGGCGUGCGGCACAACGAAUAGCAACGGCGGAAACACCGCCGCCACUAUAACCAACGGGGGCGACACUUUAGUCAAGGCGUACCUGCCCAAGAAACGUCGAAGAGUGUCGCAGCAGGAGAAUAACGCAGCUCAUGUGACACUAUGUUGUGACUUAUGCUCCAUAUCUUUUGAGACCCCAGCAGAGUGGGUGCGACAUCUAAACAACGAACACACCGAAAUAGAGCUGGCCAUGUUCAAUAGCAAAAAGGACAACGAGCAGAAAAGCUCCUGCAACAGCAGCCAACAGCUAAUGCAGCAGGGGCAUCAUAAACGAUUCACCCAUCGCUCAACGUAUGACCAACCCGCCAACGAAACGCAACCAGCUACAGUGUCCGCCGUAGCACCAUCAACUGCAAGCUUCUCGGAGCGCUCCGAAGCUUGUGGCAAAAAGUUUUCCACGCACAGCAGUGGCUUGGUGCACAAACGCAGCCAAAACACACUCAAUGGCCUCAGCGUCAGUGUUAGCACAAGCGUCGAACCAACGUCGCUCCCAUCAAAUGCUGCUGAUGUUAGCGUAAUCAGUAGUGUGGCUACUAGCAGCUUAUCUAACGAACAAAUAAGUACAUCGUCCCAGGCCUGAUACAGUCGCUGAUAUAGAAAUGAAGCACAAAACGCUUGAAAGGGCCACCGUAUUGCAAUCGCAAGUGGAGUGAGAAUCGUUACCUAUGUCGUUCCAAAUAUAAACUAAUGAUGAUGAAAUCAUACUAACAAUACUAUUUUAAUCAAAAUUUUUACAAU